AUGAGCAUAAGGAAGCCAGCCUGCCUGUUCCUCCCCCUUCCUAAUCAUAGCCUUUACUCACAGACAAAACUCCCUCCCUCUCUCAUUCACUCACUCACUUUAGGCCAAUCCGUCCUCUCUCUCUCUCUCCCUGUCUCUGUGUCUCUCUCCUACUCUGAGACAGAGUCAGAACUCUUCUCCCUGACAGCCACAAACAUCUACAGCACUUAUUGCAUUCAGAGAGGGAGCCUGCAAACAAAACUUCACAGAAAACUUUUGGUUCUUGUUCCAGAGAAUUUGCUGAAGAGAAGGAAAAACAAACAAACAAACAAACAAACUAAACCAGCUCCCAAAAAAACUGUUCGUGAAGGGGGAGGAAAAGCAGGGCCUUUUAAAAAGGGAAUCACAACAACUUUUGCUGCCAGGAUGCCUUUGCUUUGGAAGAGAGGAUUUCUGUUGGUGCUUUGCUGGAUUAUAGUGAGGAGUUCCCCAACCCCAGGAUCCGAGGGGCACAGUUCAGUCACUGACUGUCCAUCAUGUGCCCUUGCCACGCUCUCAAAGGAUGUGCCCAGCUCACAGCCUGAGAUGGUGGAAGCAGUAAAGAAGCACAUACUGAACAUGUUGCACUUGAGGGACAGACCUAAUAUCACCCAGCCAGUACCCAAGGCAGCACUUUUAAAUGCCAUCAAAAAACUCCACGUGGGAAAGGUGGGAGAGGAUGGUUAUGUGGAAAUAGAGGAUGAUGUUGGAAGAAGAGCCGAAAUGAAUGAAGUUGUGGAGCAAACCUCAGAAAUCAUCACUUUUGCAGAAUCAGGCACAGCCAAGAAAAUGUUGCACUUUGAGAUUUCCAAGGAAGGCAGUGAAUUAUCGGUGGUGGAGCAUGCUGAAGUGUGGCUCUUCCUGAAGGUCUCCAAGGCCAACCGGAGCAGGACAAAAGUCACCAUCCGCCUGUUUCAACAGCAGUGGCAGCCAAAAGGCAAUUCUGAAGGAGCAGAAGAUACAGAGGAUGGGGGGCUGAAAGGUGAAAAGAGUGAGACUUUGAUUUCAGAAAAGGCAGUGGACACCCGUAAGAGCACUUGGCACAUCUUCCCUGUCUCCAGCAGCGUUCAGAGACUGCUGGACCAAGGCAAGAUCUCUUUGGAUGUGCGGAUUGCCUGUGACCUGUGUCAAGAGACUGGAGCCAACCUGGUGCUACUGGGCAAGAAGAAGAAAAAGGAAGAUGAUGGGGAAGGGAAAGAAAAGGAAGCUGGAGAAUUCACAGGAGAAGAGGAGAAGGAGCAAUCACAUCGGCCCUUCUUGAUGAUGCUUGCCCGGCACUCAGAGGAUCGUCAGCACAGACGACGGAGACGAGGCCUGGAGUGUGAUGGCAAAGUCAACAUCUGCUGCAAGAAGCAGUUCUUUGUCAGUUUCAAGGACAUAGGAUGGAGUGACUGGAUCAUUGCUCCUACAGGUUAUCAUGCCAACUACUGCGAAGGAGAGUGUCCCAGCCAUAUAGCAGGCACAUCUGGUUCAUCAUUAUCUUUCCACUCCACUGUCAUUAACCACUACCGCAUGCGGGGCCAUAGCCCCUUUGCCAACCUCAAAUCAUGUUGUGUGCCCACCAAGCUCCGGCCCAUGUCCAUGCUCUACUACGAUGAUGGCCAGAACAUCAUUAAGAAAGACAUACAGAAUAUGAUUGUGGAGGAGUGUGGCUGUUCAUAGACGCUAGUGUGCACAAGACCCUUCUUGUUAAGUAGAAAAUGUAUCAAAAGCCCAAGAAGAGGAAAGACCAGACAUGGUAUGAUCUUUUUUGAGUGAAACAAUUAUCAGAAAUAUAAGCAAAAA